CAGUGGUUUUGUUCUUCCUGUUCUCUUUUGCUGUGCUGCAUUUACAUCAGAUUGCAGAACACGGAAGCAACAGUUCCUUCGAACCAUUUGCCUGUUCUAAAAAGGCUUCAGGCAGGUACUGUGGGUUAAGCAAGGGCCCCAGGCGUGGAGGUCCGUUACAUCAAGGAGAGAUGAGCAGAGGAAAAGCCAAGGGGCAGGAGAACAUGCCCAGUUCUCUCCUCAGCAGCCAGGAGAAUGAACGCCUACUAGAGCUGCUGGGAAGAAGAUGCGUGACCAUGGCCACAGCAGUUGUUCAGUUGUAUAUGGCUCUUCCUCACAGUCCAACCCAAUGGAGUCUCCAACAUACAGGAGUUGUGUGUUUCGUUAAGGACAACCCUAAACGUUCAUACUACAUGCGGCUCUAUGACAUUAAGGAAGGCAAAAUGGUUUGGGAGCAAGAGCUGUAUAAUCAGAUGACAUAUUGCUGUCCAAUGAGAUUCUUCCACACUUUUGCAGCUGAUGACUGUCAAGUAGGUUUGAACUUUGCCAGUGAAACAGAAGCUGAAUAUUUCAGAAACAUGACUGUGGAAAAGAUUAAUCAGAGGUCCAGUCAUCAGGAGAAGAAACAGCAUGCACCUUCUGAAGAAAACCGGCCACUACCACAAACCCCUCCAACAAAUGGUCCAGUUUCACAGCCAACUAUAAUCCCCACAGUGGACAUCCAGAACCCAGAUAUUGUGGCAUCAAGAUAUCGCUCCCCCUCAGUGCCAACCCCUGCACCAGCCUCACUCUCCUUAGGCAAAAAGGGCAAAAAGGGAAAGAAAAAAGGCCCAAAGCUCACAAAGGCAGAUAUCGGAGCUCCUAGUGGAUUCAAACAUGUCACUCAUGUUGGAUGGGAUCCAAACUCUGGUUUUGAUACCAACAAUCUUGACCCUGACCUGAAGAAAUUGUUCAACAGUGCUGGUAUCAGUGAUGACCAGCUGGCAGACAAAGAAACAUCUAAGAUCAUCUAUGACUUCAUCGAGCAAUCUGGAGGCCUGGAUGCAGUAAAAGAGGAAAUGAGGAAACAGGAAGGUCCUCGUUCUGCCCCUGCACCUCCUCCACCUCGAGGGAGGUGUCCCCCAGUCCCAGGUCCACCUGCACGUCCUCCACCACCUUCACGAAGCCCUGGACCCCCGCAUCGCGGUCCACCUCCACCUGCACCACCUGGAGGGCGUUCUGGGCCUCCACCCCCUAUGCAAUGUUCUCUCCCACCACCACCGCCCCCCAGCCACAGUCACAAGCCACCUCCUCCACCUAUGGGUGGCGGUGCACCGCCUCCACCUCCGCCCCCACCUCCUCCACCGCCACCAACUUCUUCAGGCAGUAACAUCCCCAGUAGUCCUGGCAGCUCAGCACCACCUCCUCUUUCCUCUGGUGGUGGAGGACGAGGAACCUUAUUGGAGGAAAUUCGCCGUGGACGUGUGCUAAAGAAUGUGCCUGAUUCCCCAGACUCUAAUCCUCCAGGUCAGGAUGAAUCCUCAGGGGGAAUUGUGGGAGCUCUGAUGAUGGUGAUGCAGAAAAGGAGUAAAGUUAUUCAUUCAUCAGAAGAUGAUGAAGAUGAUGGGGGUGAUGAAGACGAGGAAGAUGAAUGGGAUGAAUAAUGCUUCUCUCUGCUCUUGGUUCAAAAGCUUGUGCUAUAUCCACCAAUUCAUAACAAUGAGUUUAUAAAUCUGAUGCUCACUGGAAAUAAUUUUAGCAAUAGACAUGGAAUCUUCAGGUUAUUCCAGAUAAGAAAGUUGCACCGAAUGAUCUGAAGAUCUUCUGUAAACCCAAUAAAGCAAUAAAACCCUAACUUUGACA